CGAGGACGCGGUGAUUCGUACAGGUCACACCUUGUCAAAAUCGGAAAAAUACGCGCAUUUUCACGCGGAAAACCGGAAAAACUUUUUCCAAAGUGCGCAAAACUAACGCCGUUUACCAAGGGAAUGUUUAUACUCGACGUCGGAGUGAAUUGUGCCAGUGCAAACUCGGAUUAAAGUGAGUUUUUGUUGGUAAAUAAAUGGAUUAGGUGCAAUUUUUUGCAACAUCGCAGAAAAAAAACAAAAGGGCCUAGAUGAUCGGCACUACGAACGAUCGCAGGGCCCUCGAAAGGGAGGCCCUGCGGAACGUCAUCAACCAAUGGAACGCCAACCGUUUGGACCUGUUCGAACUGUCAGAACCAAACGAGGAUCUGGAGUUCCACGGUGUCAUGCGGUUCUAUUUCCAGGAUUCUGGACAGAAAGUAGCAACGAAAUGCAUCAGAGUGGCCAGCGAUGCGACUGUUGAAGACGUUAUAGGAACACUUGUAGAAAAAUUCAGACCGGACAUGAGAAUGCUGAGCGUACCUAGUUACGCCCUGUAUGAACUCCACGAGGGUUGUCCAGAACGGAAAAUGUCACCCGACGAAAAGCCCCUCUUGGUCCAGUUGAACUGGCAUGUAGAUGACAGGGAAGGAAGAUUUUUAUUAAGAAAUAUUGACGACAAACCAAUUGGUUCGAUGGGUUCUUUAGACUCUAAUGCCAGUUUUCGACGGAAAUUGUCAAAGAGGGAAAAGAAACAACUGAAGAAGCAGGAAAAACUGUCGAGAAUGAAAAGUGAAAAUGGCGACGUGAAUGGACAAGAUAAUGUGACUGAAAAACUAUAUAACGAACUUCCCGAAACUUCUUUUACACGAUCGAUAUCGAACCCCGAGGCUGUGAUGAGGAGACGAAGACAACAAAAAUUAGAGAAGAAGCUACAACAAUUUCGGUCAAAAGAUGGCGGCCCAGAUACAGGUGGAACUUUAAAAAUCUACGGUGAAGCCCUGUGUAAAGACGUGCCUUACAAAACCCUCUUACUAUCAGUAAGAGACUGUGCAGGAGCAGUGGUCAGAGAAAUGCUGGACAAAUAUGGAUUAACCAAAGCUGAUCCUUCUCAGUUUUGUUUGGUCCAAGUCACUCAGCAACCAGGCAUUCCUGACACGGAAUAUGUUUUGGAUGACGAUGAAUGCCCAUUGAGUAUACUAAUGACAGCUCCAAACACAGGUUCUAUCAUGUUCCACGUGCGGCGGAAACCGGCGGACUGCCAGCCGCGCAGGCGCAAGAAAAAGCCCCUGAGCGGGGGGUUGAGGGACCAAAGGGGGGAUGUCCCCCUGCUGGUGGAGCUGGGACCAGAUGGACAACCGCCCUCGUUGGCUGACGUUAAUAAGACGGUUCGGCUCACCAACGACGUCAUGGAGGUUGGUUCAGCAAACGGUAUAGCGUUACAACUGUACGGGCCGCACAUCCAGCCGCGCCACUGCGUCAUCACCAACGCCGACAGCGUGACGUCACUGACACCCUGUCACGCGGACGCCCACACGUACGUCAACGGGCAGAGGAUCCACCAGACCACCAUCUUGACGCACGGGAGUCUGGUCAAGUUCGGCAACAGCAACACCUAUAGGUUUCUCGAUCCUACGCAGGAGGAAAGAACACGUCAGGCUUUGGGGAACAUAGAUAAUCAAACACGAAUAUACGAAAGUCGUUCACCUCGUGCAUUAAGCCCCACACAAGCUAGCGGUUCUAGGGAAAAUAUAGAAACCACUUUUGACAUUGACGGUAAUGUCGAAACGGUAUCCACGCAUAGCGGUGCAAGGGAGGACAAUAGAUCCUUAGGAUCAGACAGUCGCUCAGAAAACAGAUUGAGCGGUAUGGAUCGCUACCCAAGAGGCCAGGACCCCAUCUUACCUGCGGUGCUAGAAUUUCCAGAAGAGCCUCAAGAACAGUUUCUGGCAAGGGCUAUCACGCAUCUGGAUGUGACGACACCUACCUUUAGACUUGCUCCAGCUUAUACUUUGUAUUUAUGCGCAAGGUAUAGAGCUUCGACGCAUUAUCGUCCCGAACUGACACCUACCGAACGAGCUCACAAGCUCACCAUCCUACUACAGCAUGCCGCCAUGCUCAUCAGACACACAGUUCAAGAUAGGAGUACGGAAAGUAUAUCUCAAGCAUUCUGGUUGGCCAAUGCCAGUGAACUGUUACAUUUCCUCAAGAGCGACAGACAUGUCAGCGCGUUUUCAUUACAAGCUCAAGACACCUUAGCUGAUGCAGUCCAACUAGCUUUCAAGAACCUAGUUGCUUGCCUCACAGACGAACUGAACGCAGCUAUGAAUUAUCUGAUGUCUGUCACAGGCGAUGACCAUCCCAGGGAAGUGAUAAAUAUCUUAAGUGGAGCGAUGAAUUUGUUAAGGAAAUGUAGAGUCAACGCAGCUUUAACCAUACAGCUGUUCUCUCAAUUAUUCCACUGGAUCUCAGCCAAAGCUUUGUCGAACGCCAUUUCGAACAGCAAUUUGUGUACUCGCAACUUCGGACACAAACUGGCCAACAGGUUACGCAACUUGCAGGCUUGGGCGGAGUCUCAAGGUCUAGAACUUGCUGCUGAAUGUCAUCUGGCGAAAAUAGUACAAUGUGCCCAUUUGUUACAAGCUAACAAAUACACUCCGGAAGACUUAGCCAGUCUGAGCGCAGCGUGUUUCAAACUGAACUCUAUGCAGUUGGGAGCGCUGUUAAUGCAAUAUAAAGCUGAACCUGGUGAAAAAAUUGGGUCACCUUCGAUGUUGGAACAGGCUGCAAAAGCCGCUGAAAGUGUUGCUGAUGAACUUGCUAGAGCUGAAGGUAGGGAGGUAACGCUUUACGAAGAUCCCGCACCUCCACUACAGUUACUUCUGCCUGAUGAUGGAUUCAGUUGUGAUGUUGUUCAAGGAGUACCACCAGGUCUGGCUGACUUCUUACAUCCUCUACAAGCUGCAGGCUUAUGCAGAUUAGCUGCCCAGCCAACUAGUUCCGGUCAUUGGACCGUCUACAUGAACGCUCCACGGCCUCCUAGUGCUUUGAGCACCACUCAACCAGAGGUCCAAGUAAUAAGGCUGCACAAAGCAGGGGGAGGCAUGGGACUAUCAAUUGUAGCUGCCAAGGGGGCUGGACAAGAGAGAUUAGGAAUUUACAUCAAGUCUGUCGUACCAGGUGGUGCUGCGGAUAGAGAUGGAAGACUGGCAGCUGGCGACCAACUUCUGUCAGUUGACGGGCAAUCGCUGCUCGGAAUUACUCAGGAAAAAGCAGCCGAGUUUCUGGUUAAAACUGGCAGCGUUGUAACGUUGGAAGUCGCCAAAGGCGGAGCCGUUUACCACGGCUUGGCAACGUUGUUACAACAACCCAGUCCGACCCCACACAGAGGCCCCAGACGCAUGUCUGAACGAGAUCUACCGUCCCGAGUCGACUCAGAACGCAGCAUUCCUUCUUCUAAAUCUGUACCGGCCUUACACCAAAUCCAUUCGCCCAAUCAGGAGCAGCCUAGAGUACCUGGUGGGCCGCCUAACAACUUCUUAGUCGAUGGGACGUCUUCAAGUAACAGUAUCAGUACAAAUAAUCUUCACGGCGCGGUGCCGAACGGUCCUGCUGGAUUAAGAAGUCGCUCGACACACAACCUCAAUCAGCAGGAUGCAGGUUUCUAUCAAAAUCUCAGCGUUUAUAGGAAUAAAAUGCCCAGUCCACAACAAUUGGGUGAUAGGACUUCGGCACUUCGCUCUUCUCAAAACUCUCUUCAAUCUUCCAUAACUUCGCCCAAUUCGCAACGGCCUUCUUCUGCUUAUUACCCGGCCAAUCAGGCGCCGAAUUUCAACAGGCCCAACUUGCACCAGUCCAUUCCUAACCUCAAAAGUCCGCCGUCGAUGCAACGGUUGCAACAGCAAGGGGAGGAAGAAAGAAACGCUAGAUUGCCGGCAGGUGUAACUGGCAGUUAUCCUAAUAUGACAGGACAAGGAGGUCAAUAUUACGGACAACACCAAGCUUACCCAGCUGGUCAACAAGCGUAUCAACGUCAACCCAACCAACAAGCCUACCCCGCAAACGAAGACAUAAAUCGCUCUCAGUAUGGCUCACCUUACUCUAAUCCCAACCAGCCUUACCCUUCGCCUACUCACAGUAGUACUCCCAACUACCCCAAUAACGUACAAAACAAUUAUUCUUCCCACACCAUGCCACAUCAGUUGCAUAACAACAUCAACUCUAACACUAUGCCAGGAAGCGUUAGUUCGAACAAUGGGUCAAAUAAGUUAGAUGAAAGAACUGAAAAUGGUAGAAUAGAUCAAAGAGGAUACGGUAGUACGGGUGGACUUCUGCGAGAGGACAUGUUUAGACACUCGCAGAGCUCUAAACAUGAAGAGAUGAUGAGGUAUCCCAGCACGAAUAACGUCAGGAUAUCGGAGGCUCAGAUUCAGAGUAGUCGGGGCAGUGAAGAUCUCAACAGACAUCAAGAAAUAAGAAACUCGAAAAGUGAUGACAUGUUGAAGCAUCAUCACCAAGGAGAGAUGAUGCGGUACGCCAGCAGCGGAAAUAUAAGAGCUCACGACCUCAAUCAACCGCUAAGACCAAACCCAGACCACUUGCAUCAACAAAGGCUUACCAACGAAGAAAGAAUACUCAGGGGACAGGCCAAAUUAGCGGAAAUGGGCGAGGAAGUCAGAAGAAGGCAGCAACAUCAACAGGCUAGGAUGAUGAAUCAGCAAUACAACUCACAGAUGCCUCCUAACGCGUUCUAUCAGCAACAGCAACAGCAGCAUUACUAUAACACGCAUAUGGCUCAGUCCAUGCAGAAUCUAUCUUUAAAUGCUCCAUAUCAAAAUAGUCAGCCUGUGACGCAGGCUAGUACAAGUUAUAACCAGCAUUAUCCACCAAAUACUUCAGCUCAAACCAAUUAUCAGCAAGCUGGUGCUGGCGGUUCGUAUUAUGGGACUCACGGACCUACCUCGCCGACUUACAGGCCUCAGAAUCUACCACAAAAGAUGAGUAAACGAACUGAGUCACCUCCUGCCUUACCACCAACGAGCACUCACCCGUUAUAUUCACCGACAUCGACGCAGAGUGACUCGAACACUUACACAGCGUCCAAUCAGGAUCCUCCAAAGAUGGCUUACUAUCCGGCCGCGUCUUCUACUCAGAACUCGAAACCGCCACGAGAUCCAUGGGCUAGAGAGGAACAAGAAAGACAACAAGAAGCCAGACGGGAAGCGGCUAGGCAAUGGCAAGAACAACAAAUCAGAGAACUUGCAUCACUACCAUACCGAACGCCUCAACAAGAAGAACAAUUGAGAGUCCUACAACUGGAACGAGAAUUUCAAAGAAGAGCUCAAGAAGCAGCUGGCGAAGACGAUGAAGAUACCGAAAAAGAAUCUCCGUCUCCGCAGCAUCUCAUGCCUCAACCAGUCUCCAGUCAGACAGUGAUCACCUCAGUGCCGUCGACCACGGUGUCCAGCAAGCAGGAACCGACGCACGUGCCGCCUACUUCGAUUCUGAAACCGGGCGGAGUCAACCAGCAAGCCCCUCCUCCCGUCAUCAACAACAAUAAUCAUCAGCGAGAGGUUCACGUGACGAAUCAGGGACCAGCGUCGCCUACGGAGAUAUCAGCACCACCACCACCAGAAAGGGGCUCAAGUUUUGCUAUAAUGUCAUUGCGAGCUAAAGAAGGUGUCAGUAAAAGAGUGUCCUUUGAUCCAGCCUCCACACAAAAUAACAUCCAACCACCGCCUCAAGUACCAAACACUUUACCCAUCGAAGAAACGACCAAAAGAGAAGACCCAAAUAGUUUCAUCCUGCAGGCUGAAUCUAUGUUGGCGUCGCCGACCACGCCCACCGACGCCAGUCCCAACGUUUCCACGGCCACGCCCGGCGUUAUCGGUGCUCAGGAGGUGUACAGAGACCCCAGAGCGCGACGUUUAGCGGAACAACAGAAGAAGAACCAGAACGAGAACACGCCGGUACCGGAAAAGCUGAGCUUCAAGGAGAAGAUGAAGAUGUUCGCGAUGGAGACGGGAGAACAGGGCACGCCGAAGGACAAGAGUAAAAUUAGUAGGGCGCAGAGGGACAUUGAUACUUUGGGCUCGCCUCCCAGCUCAGGAAUGGUACAUUAGUUAGUGAUGUUAUUGCAAUUUAAAUAAGUCUAUGUCGCGAAUCCUCGGGGUGGAGGAAAGAUAAUUUUUUUAAGGUUAAGUUGGGCUUUAAAAGAAACUAACAUGAGAGGAGUCGACUUGGUGCGGUGGUGCAUUUUAAGAUGCAACAGAGAAAAGUAUGACAAGGAGUUUUGCUGCUUUUAGCAUCACGAUAAGUACCCACCACAGAUUACUAAAUUGUAGAGAUGAUAAGUAAGCAAUAUGUCCUUCGUGAAUCUGAUAUCAUUACCACCCUCUUAAAUAGAAGGUCUUGCAAUAUACGCGUGGAGUCAUCGCAGGAUGACAAUAAUUAUUGGAACUCUUUAUAUCCAGGAUGUCUCUUAAAUAAGUACAAGUACUGUAUGAUCGAAAGAAAAACCGUCGUCCAGUUGGCUUGGAAUUGAACAUCAGUAACAUUUGUAUAUUUACAUUAUUGUAUAUUAAUUGGUUGUAAAGUUCGACCCUAGAUAUACACCCAUGAGGCUUUUUUCUUGUAAAGGUUGUUGCAGAUUUUCAAUUUUUCUUUACUUUUUCCUGGACAUUUUAAAAAACUUUUUAUACUACAGGUUCAUUGCAAUUUUGUGUGAUUAUCACUAAUAAGUAAAGUUCACACAAUAAUUUAUAUUUUCUACAUAAUUAAAUUAGGAAAAUUAAUUUUAAUUAUGUCAGUUUAAUAAUUCUAGAACAACGCACUGUACUUAUUUUUUAACAAAUACUAGUAGAUUUUUACAGUUAUUUUCAACUGAACUGAUUUUACAAGCAAAUGAGUAAAUUUUAUUAGAUAGAUGUGUGAAAUAAUACUUCAAUCUUUUUUAUUUCGCUGCCCUAUUAUAUUUGGCGCCCAACGUGGGGUCAAAAUGAUUACUAUACUAGCAAGUGACUGUAGAACACACGUUUUUAACACACACUUAAUACAUUUUUAGUACAGUUCAUCAUAUUAUUUUCCAUUAAAUUAUGUAUAUACGUACUUUCUUGUCCAUGUGGGCAACACAUCGAAUAAGCUGAGAACUGGCUGAUCGGUUGAUUCCGGCGGUUCUCAAAAUGUAAGCAUUAAUUUAUUUAAAAAUUUUCAAGUUAAAUAACUCAGUUAUUUUCAAUUUAUUUUAAAAAUGGUAAAAAGAACAAGACGCUGUUUUACAUUUUUUUAAGAGACACCCUUUAUAGAGUCGACAGACGAAACUGUAUAGUGUAAAAAAUUGCUUUUAAAUAAAAUUGACAAGCCGAGCCAAAAUGCUAUUGAAUAUUAUAGAUAGGUACUAGGUAUACCUACCUAAUAAUUUUAAUAUUAACUUAAUAUUUAGCAGAACAACACAAAAAUUGUUGUUCACUUCUUUGUAAGGGUAAAUAUCUUGAGACUGACAAAAAUUCAAGAAAAUUGACAAUUUGUUUUCUUGCUCUAAAAUAUGCAUCAAGCAAAACACCACAAGUCAUCAAAUAGAUACAAUACUUUACUAUAAAGUAUUAUUGAACAAGUCUAAUAUACACUGAAAAUGUUAUGGAUUUUAAUUUUUUACUUAUGACAGACAGGUUUUCAAUGUGAUCAAGAGUCUCAUAAUUAAUUCACACAAAUUUACAAGGUGUGUUCAACUAAAACAUAUUUUUGGAUUUUGUACUAGUAAUAUAAAAAUUACAAACCUAUUUGUAAAUAUUUAAAAUUAUAUUAUUUAAAGGAACAGAUAUAUUCAUUGCCACAAUACAAAAUCCAAAAAUCUUUAUAUUGCAAUUAUUAUAUAAAAUAAAACUUGUAUAUCGUGGUGAGAAAUUUAAAAUGCUGAUUUUUAACGAAUUAUGUACAGGGUGUCUCAGAUAAGAAGACGCUCGAGUCCAGAAUAACUGGACCAUACAGAAGCGACAAGUGCGAUUUUUUCGCGAACCAAAUUUUUAAGUGAGUUUAUUUCUCAUAUUUUUAAGCUAUAAAUUUUGAUGAUGUCGGUUGUCAAAUUUUGAUUAGCUGAUGCUUAAUAUCAAGGAUCAAUUUAUUGAUAUUUUUUGUCUUGUAUAGAAACCAAAAUUUAUGCGGAAUAAAUUAAAAGUAUAGGUUUGGAGGAAAGAAAAAUACUGUUUCCUCCUCUUUUUUACAUUUUUUACCUGUAUUUUAUACACAUCAAAAUGUAAAAAAAUCAUCAAAGACGCUUAAGUACCUAAGCCUUGAUUAAUAUUUCCUCUUUUAACCAUUGCAAUCAUGUUUAUAAUUUUAUUUUAAUUUAGACUUCUUUUUGAAUUUAUAUUUACUUAUUUAUGAAUUUUAGUAAAUAGUUUAUUUAAAGAUUUCUUUCAAUAAAAUUGUAGACAUUCUAUUGGCCCCACGUUGGGCGCCAUAUUCUUUAUUCUUUUAUGUGUAACAACUUUUCUAUAGUUUCCAAAAAAAGAAAGAAAAAAGUAUUUUAAUCUUUCUACGAUUCUAUAAUGCUGUUAAAAAAUAUUAGACAAAAAAUUAUAGUGUUUAGGCUGCCAAGAUCAAUUUGUCAAAAUUUUUGUGACAUCAAGGUCAAAAAAUUAUUGUACAUAAUUGACAUAGUUCAAAGGAAGCGACGCUCACUGUAGCUUCUGUAUAGCUAAGGUAUUUUGAGACACAAACUAUAUAAUUUUAUAUUCUCGAUUCAUAAAUAUAAUAGUGUUUUAUGAGAUACCUCUAUAAGGCCUCUAUAAGCUAUUUAUACACAUAUAUUGUACUAUACGCUCUAGAAAUGAAUACAAUUAUAGCGAAUACUUUAUAACAAUUUCGACCAUAUCUUUAUACUUGCCGUCCGUGCUUGAGACCACCAGUAUUUUUAAACUUUAGAUGACUUUUCUUAUUUACAUGAUCUAAACUUUCUACUAGCCAUGUAGAGUUGUUAUACAUAUAAAUGAACAUUUAUAUAUAAACCUAUAGGAACGUAGUGGCUUAUACACAUAGUGAUCCUCUUUAGGACGUGUUGAUACAGUUUUUUUUUCUUGUAUAUUUAUCUAUUAAAAGUAUUAAAGAUGUAUUUAUGCAGGGUUGAUCAAUUUUCCGUUGAUUUUGAUUGCACAUUGUCAGCUGGAUGAUUUUAAGACUUCAAAAUAGAAUUUUUGAAACAGUAAA